AUGGCUUCCCGAGGAGCGAAAGACAGCCCGGGAGUUGAUGGAGCAUCCGUUCCUCAACGAUUGAUAGGAUGGCGAGCUAUGGAGGCAUUUUCCAGUUCGCAAAGGCAACACUUGUCGAGGCUAGAUGGCCCCAAGGGAAGCACCGUCAGCCAGCUGGACAUGACGAUUGGCCGCCUGGUGGGACCUCCUCGAGACGUCCUUCCAGGUCAUACGGCAAAGUCCGAGUUGAGCCCUCCAGUGAGAUCAGGGAAUCGGAUUGCGGACGCGGUCCAUGGUGACGCGGCGGUUUCACGGCUGCAAGUCGACGGUGGGCAGACACAGGCUGAGCGGUCCUUGUUGAGGGACGGUCAUCUCCGAAGGUGGGGGCCGGAGCAGGCUGGUCUGGUGCGCGUGACAGGACAGGACAGCAGGGUGCUGAGGGACGUCGCUGUGGGGGGACGUAAAAGAAAGUGA